GCAGUGGAGUGCCCGGUGCGGAAUUUACUUCUGGCUGCCACAUUUCAGUUGUUACUCAAUGAAAGUUCGAGACGGAAUGAAGUUCAACCUUUUGGAAUGGUUUUGCCGGACUACUACGAAAGGGAAUGAAUCUCAACUAGCCUCAGAAAGUGGAUCAAAUGUUCAAAUAAACUGUAACACAGCAGGCAGAGGGACUCUUGUCAGUUGUAAGAAAUCUCAGCCUGGAAAUGGACACCCAGCAGCAGGAACAGCCGUCGGCUGUCAGCAUUGGGGGGCAGGUCUCUCAGGCGGCCUCACAAUGGAUAAACGUAGUGGAAACUGCUGCUCCACCUGCGACAGAGGAGCCGCAAGUGGAGGCCGCACAACGGAAAGGCAAGAGAAAAGGCAAACUCGAAGGCUUGCAGAUACCCGUGGAACAUCCACGACCAUCCCGUUGGCGCAGGAAGCCCCCGAAGGCGCCCAAGGCACUCAAGAAGAAAACAACUCAGAUUCUGUACACCACGGACGAGCAGGUGCGCGACGCGCUGCUGGAGUUCCUCGUCUUCAUUGUGUUCCUGACACUCACCUCGCUGAUCGCGCUGACCGUGCGGAGUCCGUACAUGUUCUACUUCAACGACACGACCAAGAAGCUCUUUGUGACCCGCAGUCUGGUGGUGGCACCCUCGGUGACCAAUUGCUUUGAGAACAUUGUCCAAGUGUCGGACUGGUACGACUACUUGAUCUACAACUUUCUGAUAACUCUGCACGGAGACAUGACAGCGGACGAGGACGAGGAUGGAGCAAAGACCAAUUCCCUGGGUGGCUCCGAUCCGAUUGAGAACCUUCGCGCUCGCAGAUUCAUGUACGAGAAUUUGCUGCUGGGUCCGCCGCGUCUGCGCCAGAUACGAGUGUCGAAGCAGAGAUGUCAUAUGGGCUGGCACUUUGACGCCUGCUACGACGACUAUUCGCGGGGAGUCGAGGAGCGGAAUGAGUCCCACAAGGGCUCGGAGUAUCGGAGCAUGCGCGAGGCGGAGGCGACACCUUUUUGGACGCUGCUCGCCUACUACAGCACCGGCGGCUACACUGUGGAUCUGACGUACGACAAGGAGGUGAAUCUGCGGAAGAUCCACGAGCUGAAGACCAUCCACUGGCUGGACCGCAGCACCAGGCUGUGCCUCGUCGAGUUCAAUCUCUUCAACGAGAACACGGACAUCUUCCAGAGCGUCAAGCUGAUCGCAGAGAUCCCAGCCUCGGGCGUGGUCCUGCCCCAAGCGCGCAUGCAGACAGUCAAGAAGUAUUCCUUCUUCACGGAUCCCGAUCCCAAGCAGACUCUGCUGUACAUUGUCUGGUAUCUGAUGAUCGUCUACUACACCGUCAUCGAGAUCAACGAGCUGCGGCUGUCGGGCUUCAGGGCGCACUUCAAGUCCUUCCUGAACAUCCUCGAGUGCUUCCUGCUGCCGAUCUGCUAUCUGGCCUUGGCCUACAACAUUUGGCACACCGUCGAAGUGGAGUCGCUCGUGAGCAAGGCACAGAGGCAGGAGGUCUACCAGAGCAUCGAUGUGCUCUGCUUCCUGAACAUUAUCUACGUGAACAUGAUGGCCAUACUGGCAUUCCUCGUGUGGAUCAAGCUGUUCAAGUUCAUCAGCCUGAACAAGACCUUGGUGGAGUGGACGACGACGCUGAGCAGAUGCUCCAAGGACUUGGCCGGCUUCAGCCUCAUGUUCGGCAUUGUGUUCGUGAUCUACGCCCGGCUGGGACUGCUGCUCUUUGGCAGCAACCAUCCGGACUUCUACAGCAUCGUCAUCUCCAUGCUCACCAUGAUACGCAUGAUCCUGGGCGACUUUCGGUACAACCUGAUCCAGGAGUCGGAUCGCCUGAUCGGUCCCAUCUACUUCAUCACUUACAUUCUGCUGGUGUUCUUCAUUCUGCUGAACAUAUUCCUGGCCAUCAUCAUGGAGUCGUACAGUGCGGUGAAGAGUGGCACCGACAUCCAGGGCACCCAGCUGGCCUCCUUUGUCUACCGGAAGAUCACGGGUGCCGUCUACUGGAUCUACUGUCGCCUGUGCAAGCAGCGCGCGAAGAGUGUCAAGGCCCAGCUGGUGCGCCUGAAGCCUUUUCCCACCAGAAAGUCCCGUCCAUCGCCCUUCCGCAAGCGCGCCGAUCAGGACAAUGCCACCGCAGAGUUUGAGGAGCCUGCGAAAAGGAGAAACUUGACUGCAGCCGAGACACUCUACUUUCAUGCCAUGCCGAAGGAUACGCAGAACAGGAAAGCGUUUCGAGUGAAUCAACGCAUCACACUGCUCGAGGAAAUGCUGGAUAGGCUGGUGGCCAACAUGGCAGACAUCACCAGGAGCCUGGACAGAGUCUACGGGGAAGGUGCUCAGUGAGUGUGGCUCAAGGUUCGAGU